AUGAAACCUAUAUAUUCGAUAGGAUUAGCUUGGAUAGUGGCAGCCGCUGGUGUGAUGAGCACAGAGAAUCACGGUACUGUUGUAAAUGGCCCAGUGAGAUUGAGAGUACGGGUGGAACACAUGGAACAUGUGGAGCAUCAAGGAAUGAAGAGCCAUGAGCAUGAGUCGACCAAAAGUAGCACGGCGGAAGUUGUGGCUACACCUCAUGUAGAGCAUCACCAGCACGGGAUGCCGAUUUUGCAGACCGAGCUUUUGCCGGAGGAGAGAGAAUUCUGGGAAAACUACGAUACCACGACGUAUUUUACGGUGAAAUCGGAUCAUAAAGCGGCAUUGUACUGGCAUAUUGCGUUGACGCUUAUGUCGUUUGUAUUUUUGUAUCCGAUCUGUCUUGUGUUGAAUAACGUGGGAUCGAAUUGGUAUUAUCCGUUAUUCUUCGUGCAUUCGGCAUCGGUGUUGAUUGGAUUGAUUAGCUUUUCGGUAUUUGUGAAGUCAAUUCCAGACUUGUACCCUAAUAAUGCUUAUAAUAAGAUGAGUGUGAUUUUGGGGAUUUCGUCCAUUGCGCAUGUUAUAUUUGCAAUCUUCAAUUUUGGGUACAAAGCAGCCACCAACAAAGACUCCAUCGCUGCUGACUACUUCACAAUAUCUGACGAAGAGAGUCAAGAAAUGUGUACAUCGCCAUCGGCCACUUUAUACGAUAGUUCGAGAGAUAACUCCAAUUCGAUCGAAAGGGGUGGUUCUAUGGACGUUAAUUUGAAGACAUCACUAGAUUCCAUGUUCCCAGCCAAAAGCUGCGGGAAUAGGUUCUUAAAGAAGGUGACUGGUAUCCCAGUUGUUACCACUAUGGUCAAUUUCUUCGGCAAGUUUUCUGUUUACAUAUUCAAUUUGUUGAAUUGGUCCCAAUUCUUCUACUUUUUGGUUUACUUGCCAACCGCUGUUGCCACCUUUGGUUGCUUUGGACAGGGCAGCUUUGUUUUUAAUUUAUUAGCCCACUUCAUCAAAGGAGGUGUCUUUUUCAGUUUAGGUCUCUUAUAUUUGGCUAGAUAUUGUGGUGCAUUCACAAACAAAGGCUGGGCUUGGAACCAUAAAUUUAUUAAGAACUACGAAUUGAAACUCGGUCGCUGGAAUAGAAUGCAGGGUAAGGGUUUAUGCACUAUGGAAAUGAUCGAAUCUUCUUUGAUUUUAUUCUAUGGAUGCACCAACAUUUUCUUGGAACAUUUAGCAAACCCGGGUGGUGAAUGGUCGACCAAGGAUUUACAGCAUGCAUCGAUCGCAUUCAUUUAUAUUGGAUGUGGUUUGUGUGGCGUCUUAACUGAAUUCAAGUUGGCAAACUGGAGAUUAGAAAAGUCGAUUAAUAACUUCGAAAAGUUUAAUGACCAAUCCCUCUCAUCCAAAAUCAUCAAAGCUGCUCCAGGAUUUUCACCAAAUCCAUUCCCAAUUUUGACUAUUUACUGGACCGGUGUUUUGAUGUCACAGCAUGCCCAAGCUUCCAUGUUAUCGACAGACAUUCAUAAGCAAUGGGGUAAUUUGUUUAUGUUGGGAACUGUUUUCAGAUUCAUAACUUAUUUAUUAUUAUUGAUCUUACCUGCUAAUAAGGACUUAACUAAACCGCUUAGACCUAUCAGUGAGUUGUUGGUAAGCUUUGCAUUAUUAUGCGGUGGUUUGAUCUUCAUGGAAUCUUGCGAUCCCAUUGUUUAUGCGUUUGAAUACAGAGGAUUUACCUCUAUGUUCACACUAAACAUUUCCUUAGGUUUCGUUACUUUAUUAAUGAGUUGGGAGAUGAGUGUUUUCGCAUUCAAAGAUUGGGUACUCAAAAGAGCUUAA